AUGCUUCCACUGAUGUCACCAUCCACUAUUGGAUGUCUUCUGUUGUUUUCUCAUUUAGGAUCUGCUGCUGUCGAGUUCCAACACAAAAUUAAGUCUCUUUUGAAGAAGAAUUUCAAGUGUGUGUCUGAGGGAAUCGCUAAAGAAGGACAGCCCAGAUGUCUGAAUGACUUCUACACAGAGCUCUUCAUCACAGAGAGAGGCAGUGGAGAGGUCAACAAGGAACAUGAGGUCAGACUGAUUGAAACAGCUUCCAGGAGACUGGCCAAGGAGGAAACACCAAUAAAAUGUGAAGACAUCUUUAAACCCUUACCUGGACGAGAUCAACCAAUCAGAACAAUUAUGACAACUGGAGUGGCCGGCAUUGGUAAAACUGUCUUAACACAAAAGUUCGCUCAGGACUGGGCUGAAGACAAAGCCAACCACGACAUACACUUUACAUUUCUCAUAACUUUCAGAGAGCUGAAUUUACUGAAAGGGAAAGAGUUUAGCUUGGUCAAACUUCUUCAUCACCUCUUUAUUGAGACCAAAGAAGCACGAAUCUGCAGAUUUGACCUGUUCCAAGUUGUCUUCAUCUUGGAUGGUCUGGAUGAGUGUCGACUUCCUCUGGACUUCCAGAAACACCAGACCUGGACUGAUGUCACAAAGCCAACCUCGGUGGACAUGCUGCUGACAAACCUCAUUAGAGGCGACCUGCUUCCCUCCGCUCGCAUCUGGAUAACCACACGCCCUGCAGCAGCCAAUCUGAUCCCUGCUGAGUGUGUUGACAUGGUGACGGAGGUGAGAGGGUUCACCGACCAACAGAAGGAGGAGUACUUCAGGAAGAAAUUCAGAGAGGGGACACUGGCCAGCAAAAUCAUCUCUCAUGUCAAGAAAUCUCGAAGCCUCCACAUCAUGUGCCACAUCCCAGUCUUCUGUUGGAUCACUGCUACAGUUCUGGAGGACAUCUUCAAAAAAUCGAAGAGAGGAGAAGAGGUGCCAAAGACCGUGACUCAGUUGUACAUCCAAUUCCUGAGGGUUCAGUCCAUACAGGGGGGCUGGAAGUAUCAUGGGAGAGCUGAAACAGGUUCACACUGGAGUUCAAAAAGCAGGAAGAUCAUUGUUUCUCUGGGAAAACUGGCUUUUUACCAGCUGGAGAAAGGCAACCUGAUCUUUUACGAGGAAGACCUGAGAGAGUGUGACAUCAAUAUCAAAUUAGCUUCAGAGUACACAGGAGUGUUCACCCAGAUCUUUAAAGAGGAGUGUGGGCUGUACCAAGCCAAGGUGUUUUGCUUUGUCCAUCUGAGCAUCCAGGAGUUUCUGGCUGCCCUUUACGUCUUUCUGUCCUUCUUCAACAAGGGGGUCAAUCUGCUCUCAGAAGAAGCACCAACCUCUGGUGAAGAUGAACUCCUCCACCUCUACCAGCAUGCUGUGAAGAAGGCCUUACAGAGUGAGAACGGACACCUGGACUUGUUCCUCCGCUUCCUCCUUGGCCUCUCUCUGGAGACCAAUGAGAUUGUCCUACGAGAUCUGCUGGCACAGAAAAAAAGUAGAUCACUGAUCACUAAGAUUAAGAAAGUGUCUUACAUCAAGAGUAAGUUAAAUGGAUAUCUCUCUCCAGAGAGAAGCAUCAACCUGUUCCACUGUCUAAAUGAGCUGAACGAUCUUUCUCUAGUGAGGGAGAUCCAACAUUUCCUGACAUCAGGAAGUCUCUCAAGAGAAUCUCUCUCCCCUGCUCAGUGGUCAGCUCUUGUCUUCAUCUUACUGACAUCAGACGAGGAGCUGGACGUGUUUGACCUGAAGAAAUACUCUGCUUCAGAGGAGGGUCUUCCGAGGCUGCUGCCAGUAGUCAAAGCCUCCAAAACAUCUCUGCUGAAUAACUGUCAGCUGUCAGAGAGAUGCUGUGAAGCUCUGGCCUCAGUUCUCAGCUCCAAAUCCUCUAGUCUGAGAGAGCUGGACCUGAGUACCAAUGAUCUGCAGGAUUCAGGAGUGAAGCUGCUCUCUGCUGGACUGGGGAGUCCAGACUGUACACUGGAAACUCUCAGGUUAAAUGGCUGUAAGCUAUCAGAGAGAUGCUGUGAAGCUCUGGCCUCAGUUCUCAGCUCCAACUCCUCUAGUCUGACAGUGCUGGACCUGAGUACCAAUGAUCUGCAGGAUUCAGGAGUGAGGCUGCUCUCUGCUGGACUGGGGAGUCCACACUGUACACUGGAAACUCUCAGGUUGAAUGGCUGUGAGCUGUCAGAGGGAUGCUGUGAAGCUCUUGCCUCAGUUCUCAGCUCCAACUCCUCUAGUCUGAGAGACCUGGACCUGAGUACCAAUGAUCUGCAGGAUUCAGGAGUGAAGCUGCUCUCUGCUGGACUGGGGAGUCCACACUGUACACUGGAAACUCUCAGGUUAAAUGCCUGUGAGCUGUCAGAGAGAUGCUGUGAAGCUCUGGCCUCAGUUCUCAGCUCCAACUCCUCUAGUCUGAGAGAGCUGGACCUGAGUACCAAUGAUCUGCAGGAUUCAGGAGUGAAGCUGCUCUCUGCUGGACUGGGGAGUCCACACUGUACACUGGAAACUCUCAGGUUGUCUGGCUGCCUGAUCACACAGGAAGGCUGUGCUUCUCUGGCCUCAGGUCUGAGCUCCAACCCCUCCCAUCUGAGAGAGCUGGACCUGAGCUACAAUCACCCAGGAGACUCAGGAGCUGCGCUGCUCUCUGCUGGACUGGAGGAUCCACGCUGGAGACUGGAUACUCUCAGUGUGGAGCAUGGUGGAGUGUGGAGGCUGAAACCAGCUCUAAAGAAGUAUGCCUGUGAACUCACACUGGACCCCAACACGGCCCACAAAUACCUCUCUCUGUCUGAGGACAACAGAAAGGUGACACGGGCUGGAGAGGACCUGUGGUAUCCGGAUCACCCAGAGAGAUUUGACUUCUGGUACCAGGUGUUGGGUAGAGAGGCUCUGACUGGCCGCUGUUACUGGGAGGUAGAGAGGGAAGGAGGUGUUAGGAUAGGAGUGACAUACAGAGGAAUCACAAGGAGAGGAGGGGGUGAUGACAGCCUGCUUGGACGGAACAAGAAGUCCUGGACUCUUUAUUGUGAUGAUGAUCGUUACUCUGCCCAAUACAACGGUAGAACAACAGCCCUCCCUCUCCGCGCCGCUGGCUCUACCAGAGUAGGAGUGUAUCUGGACCGGCCUGCUGGCUCUCUGUCCUUCUACAGAGUGUCCCCAGGUGGAGGAGGGUCCUCAGACACACUGACACACAUCCACACCUUCUGGUCCUCC